CUAGCGCGUGCCUGGUGAUCGUCGCUUCCCAAUUGUGCUUCUGCAACAGGCAGUGCUUUGUAAACCGCGGAUCUGCUUGUUUAGGAGCUAGAUCUCAAUAGCGGCCGCUCCCGCAUCUCAAGAUGGCGCAUCAAGGUGGCUAUGGCGGAGGUGCACCGCCUGCGAAUCCCUUUGCUGGCGCUGCAGCUUAUCGCGACGAUGUAGGCAGCGAAGCCAGCGGUUUCGGACCAGCCGAGAGGAGGGAUACGUUCCAAUCCGAAGGCAGUGUUUCCGACCUCCUGCCCAACCAAGGAUACGAUGCCAACGACUCCUACGAAGGCGGCCAAGGCAAUGCAUACAGUCAGGAGUCGUUCUCUCGGGGCGGUAAUGGCUCAGCAGGGGGAUACGGCGGCAACUACGCGGCCUCCGGUAUCUCGAGCCCUUACACAGACUAUCCCGGCAGUGCAAAUCCAGGCGGCUACACGCAGAGAGAGCCAUACCCUGCUUGGACAGUCGAGCACAACAUUCCUCUUUCCAAAGAAGAGAUCGAGGACAUUUUCAUUGACUUGGCAAACAAGUUCGGUUUCCAGCGCGACUCGAUGCGCAACAUGUACGACCACCUCAUGAUCAUGCUCGACUCACGCUCUUCACGCAUGAGCCCAGCGCAGGCCCUGCUGACCCUGCACGCAGACUACAUCGGCGGAGAACACGCCAAUUACCGCAAGUGGUACUUUGCCGCUCAAUUGGAUCUCGACGACGCCAUUGGCAAGGUACAAAACCCUGGCCUUGCUCGUGCUGCGAGCAUGGCUCGAGGCGGACGCAAUGCUAAAGGUGCAAAGGCAGCUGCAGCAGGUCCUCAGGGCAAGUCUUUGCAGAGCGCCGAGACGCGGUGGCGAGACGCGAUGAACAGGAUGAGCGAGUACGAUCGCUUGCGCCAAAUUGCACUCUACCUGCUUUGCUGGGGCGAGGGCGGCCAAGUUCGUUUCGUUCCCGAGUGUCUAUGCUUCAUCUUCAAGUGCGCAGACGACUAUUACCGUUCGUCAGAAUGCCAGAACCGCAUGGAGCCGGUGCCCGAAGGUCUCUAUCUAAGGGCGGUUGUCAAGCCACUCUACCGUUUCCUGCGCGAUCAGGUCUUCGAGGUUGUGGAUGGCAAGUUCGUGAAGAAGGAAAGAGACCACGACAAAAUCAUUGGCUACGACGAUGUGAAUCAGCUGUUCUGGUACCCCGAAGGCAUCGGCCGGAUCGUCUUGAACGACAAGACCAGAUUGGUUGACGUGCCUGCGAAUCAACGUUUCAUGAAGUUCGACAAGAUCGACUGGCCUCGUGUCUUUUUCAAGACCUACAAGGAGAAGCGCAGCUUCUUCCAUUUGCUGGUCAACUUCAAUCGUAUUUGGAUCCUCCACAUUUCCGUCUUUUGGUACUACACUGCUUUCAAUGCUCCCAAGAUUUACGAGCCGUUUGAUCGUGAAGCUACUACGGCACAGCUGCUCUCUGCUUCUGCGCUUGGUGGUGCCAUGUCUACGUUCCUCAUGAUCUGCGCAACUCUGGCCGAGUUCUCAUACAUCCCGACCACUUGGAACAACACGAGUCACUUGGCUCGCCGCAUGGCCUUCUUGCUGGUUUGUCUCGUCGUUACGAUUGCUCCUGCUGUCUACAUUCACGGCAUUGUUGGACCGGACGACAAGGACGGACGAAUUCCGACCAUCGUUUCGUACGUUCACAUUGGUGUUUCUGGCUGCAUCACUGCGCUCUUCUCUCUCGUCCCAUCCGGAAGAAUGUUUGGCGAUCGAGUGGCAGGCAAGGCUCGAAAGUAUCUGGCCAACCAAACCUUCACUGCAAGCUACCCUCCACUCCGCGGCAAUCACCGUUUCUUCAGCAUCCUGCUUUGGGCACUGGUCUUUGGUUGCAAGCUUACGGAAAGCUACUUCUUCUUGACGCUGUCGUUCCGUGACCCUCUGGCGAUCAUGAUCACCAUGAAGGUACAGGGAUGCAACGACAAGUACUUCGGCACAUCUCUCUGCUCCAAUCAACCUGCCUUUGCUUUAACCGCCAUGGUCAUCAUGGACCUCGCGCUCUUCUUCUUGGACACAUUUCUGUGGUACGUCAUCUGGAACACUGUCUUUAGCAUCGGCUGGGCUUUCUCGAUGGGUCUGUCCAUCUGGACACCAUGGAGUGACAUCUUCCAGAGGCUCCCUAAGCGCAUCUACGCCAAGCUGCUCGCGACAGCUGACAUGGAAAUCAAAUACAAGCCCAAGGUGCUUGUCUCCCAGGUCUGGAACGCUAUCAUCAUCUCGAUGUACCGCGAGCACUUGUUGUCGAUCGACCACGUCCAAAAGCUUUUGUACCACCAGGUUCCGUCGGGAGACGAGGGCAAGCGCACAUUGCGAGCGCCCACCUUCUUCAUCAGCCAGACUGACAAGGGCAUCAAACCCGAGUUCUUCCCCAAGGGCUCUGAGGCCGAACGUCGCAUCAGCUUCUUUGCUCAGUCUCUCACGACCACGCUACCGGAGCCAUUGCCCAUUGACGCCAUGCCGACCUUCACCGUGCUGACUCCCCACUACUCGGAGAAGAUUUUGCUCUCGCUUCGUGAAAUUAUCCGCGAGGAAGACCAAAACACCCGUGUCACGCUGCUCGAAUACUUGAAGCAGCUGCAUCCCGUCGAAUGGGACAACUUCGUCAAGGACACCAAGAUUUUGGCCGAGGAGACCGGAGCUGUGGCUGGCUCAUCUCCUUUUGGUGGCGAUAAUGGAAGCGACGAAAAGAGUGGCACCAAAGGUAGUGCGAAGACGGACGACCUGCCCUUCUACUGCAUUGGUUUCAAGUCUGCUGCGCCCGAAUACACCCUCCGGACCCGUAUCUGGUCGUCCCUCCGAGCUCAGACGCUGUACCGCACGGUAUCUGGUUUCAUGAACUACAGCAAGGCCAUCAAGCUCCUGUACCGUGUCGAAAACCCCGAGGUCGUCCAGCUCUUUGGUGGCAACACCGAAAAGCUCGAGCGCGAGCUCGAGCGCAUGAGCCGAAGGAAGUUCAAGUUUUGCAUUUCCAUGCAGCGAUACUCGAAGUUCAACAAGGAAGAGCACGAGAACACCGAGUUCUUGCUCCGUGCCUACCCCGACUUGCAAAUCGCCUACCUCGACGAGGAAGCUCCCCGCAAGGAGGGAGGAGAGUCUCGCUGGUUCUCGGCGCUGGUGGAUGGUCAUUCCGAGAUCCUGCCAAACGGCAAACGCAGACCCAAAUUCCGCAUUGAGCUACCCGGCAAUCCAAUCCUCGGAGACGGUAAAUCGGACAACCAGAACCAUGCCAUCAUCUUCCACCGUGGUGAAUACGUGCAGCUUAUCGACGCUAAUCAGGACAACUACCUCGAAGAGUGUCUCAAGAUCCGCUCUGUCCUCGGAGAGUUCGAGCAGUUCAACGUCUCUAAUCAGAACCCGUACGGUCCUGGCCACGCUGAAUUCUCUCAAGCACCGGUGGCCAUUCUCGGUGCUCGCGAGUACAUCUUCUCGGAGAACAUUGGUAUUCUUGGUGACGUUGCUGCCGGAAAGGAACAGACUUUCGGUACGAUGGCUGGUCGUGGUCUUGCGCAAAUCGGCGGUAAGCUGCAUUAUGGACAUCCAGACUUCCUCAACGCGCUCUUCAUGACCACGCGCGGUGGUGUCUCGAAGGCUCAAAAGGGUCUGCACCUCAACGAAGAUAUUUACGCUGGUAUGACAGCCUUUGGCCGUGGUGGUCGCAUCAAGCACUGCGAGUACUACCAAUGCGGCAAAGGACGUGACCUGGGAUUCGGCACCAUUCUUAACUUUACCACUAAGCUCGGCAACGGUAUGGGAGAGCAAAUGCUUUCGCGCGAAUACUACUAUCUCGGUACGCAACUCCCAGUCGACAGGUUCUUGACUUUCUACUACGGUCAUCCCGGCUUCCACAUCAACAACAUUCUCGUCAUCAUGUCGGUACACCUGUUCUUGUGGGCCAUGGUGUUCAUCGGCACGCUCAACUCUCAGCUCAGCGUUUGCGAAUCGACCAACAGCGAAUACCAAGUUGGCACUGGAGGAUGCUACUACUUGUCGCCCGUAUUCCAGUGGAUCCGCCGCACGAUCAUUUCGAUUUUCUUGGUCUUCAUGAUUGCCUUCUUGCCGCUCUUCUUGCAAGAGUUGACAGAGCGCGGUGCCGUAUCGGCCGUCAUUCGUUUGGCGAAGCACUUCUUGAGCUUGAGUCCAGUCUUCGAGGUGUUCUCCACUCAAAUUUACAGCCAUUCGAUCAUUUCCAACUUGACGUUCGGUGGUGCACGCUACAUUGCCACCGGUCGUGGUUUCGCCACCACGCGCCAGUCCUUCGCUUUGCUCUACUCGCGAUUUGCUGGUCCGUCGAUCUACUCGGGGAUGCGAUUGCUGUUGCUGUUGCUCUACGUGACGCUUACGCUGUGGAUGCCACACCUGAUCUACUUCUGGAUCUCGAUCCUGGCACUGUGCAUUGCACCUUUCCUAUUCAACCCACACCAGUUCUCCAUCCCGGACUUCGUCAUCGACUACCGCGAAUUCCUGCGCUGGAUGUCGCGCGGAAACUCUCGCUCGCACGCCAACUCUUGGAUUGGGUACUGCCGUCUCAGUCGUACAAAAGUCACGGGAUACAAGAAGAAGCGUCUGGGCCACCCAAGCGAGAAGCUCGCAGGCGAUGUCCCACGUGCCAGCUGGCGCACCAUUCUGUUCGGUGAGAUCGUUGGUCCGAUCAUCCAAGCCAUUGUCUUCACCGUUGCGUACGCCUUCGUCAAGAGCUUCCACGAGCGUGGUGACCCGCCCAUGGGUGCCAUCGCUCGUCUGGCCAUCAUCGCCCUUGGGCCCUUGGUCUGGAACGCGGCUGUCCUGCUCGUGCUGUUCCUGGUGUCCAUGUUCUUGGGACCAGCGUUGAACAAUUGCUGCGCCAAGUUUGGAUCGAUCAUGGCGUCGAUUGCCCACUUGCUCGCCGUCGUCGGCAUCGUUGCGUUCUUCGAGUUCUUCUGGUUCCUGGAGCUGUGGCGAACAAGUCAUGCCGUCCUUGGUAUCAUUGCCGUCGUCAUGAUCCAGCGCGCCAUCUUCAAGAUCCUGAUCUCUCUUGUCAUCUCGAGAGAGCUCAAGCACGACGAGACCAACCGAGCUUGGUGGACUGGACGCUGGUACGGUAGAGGAUUGGGUGGUCACGCUUUCAGCCAGCCAGCAAGAGAGUUCGUCGUCAAGAUCAUUGAGAUGAGCUUGUACAGCGCCGACAUGGUCUGCUGCCACAUUCUCCUCUUUGGCUUGUCGAUCCCAAUGCUCAUUCCCUACAUGAAUCGACUGCAGAGCACUGCACUAUUCUGGUUGCGACCAAGCAGGCAAAUUCGCGCCCCGAUCUUCAGCUUGAGAGCGAGGAAACAGAGGAGAAGCAUUGUCAUCAGAUAUGGCAUACUCUUCGUUCUCACCUUUGCUCUCUUCAUUGCGCUCAUCGUUUUGCCGAUCAUCUUUGCGGACACGAUCGACCUCAACUGCUCGUUCUGCAAGUCACUCUAAGCUGGUCACUCGAAGAAGGAAUCGACGCGCUGUCAAAGUUUCGAGUCUUCACGUCGCAUAUGCAUGACAAUGCAAUCUCAUCGCUUCACCGCAGUUCGAGAUCACAUCGCUAGUAAGGUCCCAAUCAACUUCGCAUCCUUCAUC